AUGCCUGUUGGCCUCUGGAGCCCUCCUUCACCAAAGACUCGAACCACCACGAGGAUACUCUCCAAUCCUAGUGAGCAAUGGAAACUUUCUCUUCAGGAAGUCAAGCUGCUUCAUCUCAGAUGUCGUUACAAGCAAUGUGCCGCUCGUUCUAUGGAGGUGUUGAGUAAAUUCGAAAACCAGCUUCACAAGGUCCAUGAGGCAUACUUUCAAUACUAUAUUGCGGCAUCAUACGAAAAUCUAGGACGUGCCUCUCAUAGCUUUUCUGGAAAUAAGAUCCCCCUUCUUCAGAUUGCCAUGGAUAGUUUCAUAGCUUGCAAAUCAUCUUUAGAAAAUGCCUUUACAGAUCCUGCGCGGGCUGAGGAAACAGAACCAUUUCCUGAAUUUAACGAGGCGGUUGGUCGAUACCCCGAAUGCGGAGCUUAUGUUGCCACUCAUGGAUAUAUCUUUUACCAAAGUGCACGGGAAAACUCACGCCCACCUGCUCUUUUCCAGGUCCGAUGUUGUGAUGAAUCAAAUUCAACAGGGUCCCAAUCCCGCACAAAGAAAGGCGGGAGGCAAUGUAUCGAUGUCAAGGCCGAUCUGAUUCCCCAGCCUCUUCAGAUUCGCAAGAACCGCAAGGAUACCAUGCCGCAGUACAACCAAUCUCACAAAAUGCCUUUUGCUACCACAGCUGCACGGCCGCUUCCUGAACCCCCCAUUUCUAUCUCCGUCAAUCCUGCGUCAGCAGCUAUUAACGGUACUGCGGCUUUUACACCGCCACCAACUCCAAAAUUCAUAGACUGCUUUCCGGAUGAACUAGCAAUCAAAGAGAAGCCGACGCCACGUAUGAUGAGCCUUAUUGCUUCACUUUCCUCUCAGAUAGAUGAGAAUGUCAGAGAACUAUCGCAGUUCAUCAACAAAACAAUGGAACUCCAACGUGUCCAUAAAACUAGGAAGAUGAAUCGUCUGGCUUCCUACUGGAGUUUCACACCUACUUAUCCAAACGGGCCAUCUACUAUCCAUGGAAACACCGAAUCGUAUGAUGCACAGAAUGAACUGCGCGCCAAUGAACAGGCUCGCGGGCAAUCAACACUGACCGAGGGGAAACAGCAGCGUAUUGCGCGCCUGAAAGCCGAAGGUUGGAACACGGUUGGUAUCAAAUCGGUUGAACGCGGUUGGAAGGGGACGCUUCACUAUGACAGACUUUGCAGUGAGGCUCUUUCGGAGCUAUACGAGCCCUAA